CACAGCUCCGGGAUCCAUUUCCUCACCUGCCCCAGAACAUCCAUUGGGAGCUCUGUGUGGGGCUGGGACCCCUAGCAUUCUGAAUACUGUCUCCUGAGACGUGCUGAGUCCAUAAGGUCCCUACCUGGGAUAUUCCCAUGGAGAUGCGAUGGUGGUUCUGUGUGUGCAGCCUGGGGAUCCUCCUCUUGGUGCCGUGUGCUCUCUCUGAGAAGUUCUCUCUACAUGGCUCUCCGCACCCCAUGGUGGGGAUAAUGGGCCAGGAUGUGGUGUUACCCUGCCAGCUCUCACCCCAGGCCCGACUGGCCAACAUGGAAGUAUUGUGGAGGAAAUACAGCACAGCAUUUAUCCUAGUUCAUGAGUACUCGGAUGAGGGUCCCAAGGACCAGCCAGGGGAGGGUUACCAGAGCCGGACAGAGCUGUUCCCACAGGAGUUCAACAACGGGAAUGUCUCCCUGAAGCUGAAACGGCUCCAAGAGGCAGAUGCUGGGAGAUACCACUGCUUUGUGAUGGACCCAGAUUGGAGCCAAGAAAUCACCACCGAGCUACGGAUUGCAGAGACUGUGGAGAAGAUGAUUCAGGACCUGAAGUCAGCAGAUAAAGCGCCACAGCCAGCACCAGCACAGCAGGGACCGUAAUUCCCAACAGCAGCUUGAGAUCCAGCCCUAGGAAAGAACCUCGCUGUGAUUGGCCCAUCCAAGCUGCCACCAGCCAGUCCCUACAGACUGAAGCUGGCUGAGUCCUGUGGGAAAUGACCCCAUUGUCCUCAUGAACACACCUUGGUAGCUCACCCCCCUGUUACCUACAGGGGGCACAUCGUUGGUUGUCCUGUGUAAAAAAGCUGAUUGAAGUUUUUCUACAAUAUUUUUAUCAACAUUUUUAAUGCAAAACUGGCUUAAUUAAAAUUAAUCUUUCCCCCCAAAUAGUUCAUGUGCAAUGAACUUCUUGGGCAUCCCACAACAUAACUUAGCGAUGAAAGGCGGGACACUUUUGAGUUGGGUGUCAAAAUCCAAAACUGGCAGGAAAAUGUCUAUUUGAAACUAAACCUAACAAAAGCCAUUUGUGCGUCUAACUGACCGUUUUGUCUCAUUUUGGUUCCAAAAAUCUCAAAACUAAGGAAAAUGUCAAGUAAAAUGGGAGCCCAGGUGGGAUGAUGCGUCUGGUGCCUCCUGCCAGAGCAACCCCCCACCCAGUGAGUGCAGGGGGAGGCAACAACUCACUGGCUGCCGGGUUAGCAGAGGGGCAGGGAACUCCAGAGGAAACUUGCCCAGCAGAAGGGUUUGGGAUUCCCCGUCUGACAGAGCCACUUUCCUGCCCUGCAAAGAUGUUGCGCGGCUUGGCCACGCUAGGCAAAGCCCAGGAUAGGGACAGAGACACCAAGCGCCUCAUUGGACGAGCCCUCCCUCCUGUUGUAUCCUCAUAUUUCUUUUGGCAUCCGUUGCCAUGGUGAUCACACUCAGACAGGGGGGAUCCAGCUCAGGACCCAACUUUCCCCAAAUAGAGUCCCCAGAAGAGAGAAACACUCCAGGAGCGUUUCCCUGCUGAGGGAGACACAGUCGCUGCUGGAGUCACCAUCUUGGCCAUAAAUACACAGAGACCAGAGGAGACAUGGGCCUGCCCAGGGCCCAUAAAAAAAACCAGGGAUCCCUGGUUCUCCAUGUCCACUCAAGGCAGAACAAGAAGUGUGGGGUCUUAAUCUGCAGCCAAGAAAUGUAGCUGAGAUGUAGUGAAGCUCUGCAGUAACUUCCAGGGAAGGUUCUAGACUCCUCAUCUUCAGAGGCUGUUCUAAGCAGGUUGAACAAAUCCCUGUCAGGGAUGAUCCAGGUUUACUUGGUCCUGCCCCAGAGCUGAGGCCUGGACUUGAUGACAAGUUGAGGCCCCUUCCAAACUGUGCCUGGGAAAUUCUGUGCCAAAAAUUAAACAUUCUGCAGGCAAUAUUUGA